GAGCACCCCAUCGCCGCAAAACUUAAAGCCGCGCUCGACGCGACGCACGUCGCCGUCGAGGACCUGUCCGACGGCUGCGGCGCCAAACUCAAGAUCACCAUCGUGUCGGCCAAGUUCGAGGGCCUCCCGCUCCUCAAGCAGCACCGCCUCGUCAACGACGCCGCGAAGGACGAGCUCAGCGCGGUCCACGCCUUCAACCUCAAGACGUUCACGCCCGCGAAGUGG